UUCAUUCUUAAUUUUUUCUGUUAUUUCUCUAAAAUUGAUCCUGGAGAGAUUGUUGUACAAGAAAAAAACAAUAAUGAGUUUCGUCAUAUUUGGCCUGGAAGCUUUGAACACAUUUUAUUUUAACCUCGUCUUUUUGUGUGGAUUUUUGGGAUAUUUAGUGUUUAAUUGUGGUGUUUGUGACACCGCUUCUCCAGCUGAAUGCCAGGAUCCAUAUGGAUGCGAUUCGAAUCAAGGUCACUCGCCCAGUCGUGAAUCAGUGGGUUUUGAUAUUAAUCCAGCAAUGUCUCCAGUUUUUGAAAAAGGAGCAACUGAGAGCAAUUUUGAUCUUAACAUUUUUGAUGAGCCAAAAGAGUCCAGUUGGUGGAAUGUAAAAGUGCUUUGUGGUGGAGGUAGCAGUGCAUCCCUUUGAUUUGUUUUUUUCAAUAAAUGUUUAUUGAAAAUGUG